CUUCGGUUCCGUUCAGUUUUGAGCGCACUCCUGCUGAAGUCGCUCGCGGUCUUGCGCUUACCUUCGUGCGAGUAUCGGGAAGCGUCACGCGUGGAAGGAUCGUCGCAAGGUCGGACAGCGAGGAAGAUCGGAUCGAGCCGACGGUCACGAACGAAUCGAUUCGCGCGGUGUAAAUAGAUCGACGCAAGAUCUCGGAAGAGGAUCGCUCGGAGGCCGAAGGAACGAAGACCAAGAUACAAGGAAGAGAGAGAGAGAGAGAGAGUGCGAGAGAGCUAGAUAGAGAAAGCAAAUAGAGUGCAAGAGUACAGAGCCGCGAACAAUGUCAGAGAUUGACGCCAAAGUGAACAUGUCGCUCGGUAAGUGGCCAGAGUCCCAAACGUCUAACGAUUUUGCCAGUAGUCCAGGGUGACCGCACGGCCCAUGGACGUCGUUUUCCCCCCCUGAUUGAUGAAUGAUAAAAUGGCGUCGGCUUGCGCGCGCGCGCGUUUGACGCGAGUACCCGCAUUUGUUUCCCGCCUCGUGCUUCCGGGCGACACGAAGAUGGUAACGGUGAUUACGGCGGGACACGAUUCUCCCGGUUGGGACGCGAUCCAUCGAUGCCCUGCGUGGGAGGAGGUUAGCAAGAUGUGGCGAGGGAGUAAGAGUGAGAGAGCACGCACGGGGUAGCCACAGUUUUAUUCUCACGCCGUCGUUUUUGUACGCUUGUAAUUGUAGCUAAUCUCAUUUUGCCGGUUUGAUUCUCGAUCGUGGGUUUCCUCGGAGGAAGAAAGUAAGGACGGAGGCGAAGGGGAAGGAGUAGCGAGUGAAAGCGGAGCGCACACAAAGGCAGAGACACGCGGAGACUUUGCUCGUCCUGGAGUAAUUCGGCGUUCACGGUAAUUCCGGCGCUUGCGAAACAGGAGGCGAGGUCGCACACGAACGGGCCAACGGGAGAUCGAUGAGCAAGUAGCAAGGAAGUGGCGUAGAAACGGUACCGAGGGAGGCAAGAAGUUUACUUCGAUGUCCUCUCUAUGAGGAGGAGGAGAGGAGGAGGAGGCUGCCUGUGGCUUAACGCCCACCAAAGUUCUUCCACGUGUCGCUGCCCAAAUAAGACGGGAGAUCCGGAGUGGACGUUACCCAUCGUAGACGCAGCGUGAUUAACUGAACUCGACUAAUCGCAACAAAUUCCAUGUCACGAUCCCUCGAUGCAGCUGCGACACCUUGGUAUCGCCUUGAUGAACUUUCGGACUCCUUGGGAACUUUGACCCGAUUCAGUCGCGAAAACGCAAGAGGUAACGCUGGAGAGAAUGAGUCCUUCGCGCGGACGAGGAGCAGGAAACAGCCGUAGAGAUUCAGGAAAUAAGGGAGCGGAUAAGGGUGGAUGGUCGUGAGUCACAUCAGCCAAUCGCGAUCGUACGAUCACUGCUGGCAUCGCGCGCACUAGGUUCCCGGCUGCCUGAAAGAGGGGACGAGAGAAAAGGCGACGUCUGGAUAGCGAGGAAUCUUUCAAGGAGCCGUGCCAAGCACGCGUCGCGGCCGUGACUCAUCCACGAAAAUGCCGCGCGUGGGACGAGCGCGGACUCGCGCAGUCCCGUAUUUUUAUCCGUCGCAUCCGUCGCCUGUCGUGGCCGCCAGACGGGCAGAACGAGCCGACGCGCCCACCGGUCCACCAAACGUGGCAAAUGGGACGCUUUCUCGACGCAAGUGCGGCGUAAUUAAUUUCGCUUUCAUUGCAUUCCGGUAAACAAGUAGGAGAGAACGAAAGAGAAAGAGAGAGAGAGAGAGAGAAAUGAAGCUUUCGCGCGUACAUUUCGCCGAGAAGUCUCCCAGUCGCGCCUCCUCCGGGAUGUAACUUGGGACGAUCGAACCCGAAAUCGGUUUAGCGGUGUUAUCGGGUCGACUGGCAGCACAAAAAUGCAGGUGCUCCGUACGCGAAAGCUGCUUUCAACGCUUCGACGAGAAACGCAGCGCACGCGCGGUCCCAAGCGCCGGCGAAUGUUCGCGGGGAAGGAGUUGUAUCCGUGAACGUAGCUCGUUUCGAUAAGCGCAACGCGUGCGAGGGCGAACGUGCACGCGCUUCUCGAGAGUCCCACGCGAGUCUCGCGGUACCGAACAAGGUAACGAUCAGCGGAAGAGCUCGAUGAAGAAGAACCGAUGAGUGACUCGGCUUGUAAGAGUACUCGAGAGGAAGAGAUAGAACGAGAGAGUACGAGCGACUCGCAAGAAGUACGAUGCUCGACGUUGCCCGGAGCGAAAUAACAAAUUGUUGCGAGGCGCCACGUCCCGAUUUGGCGGGGAAUCACGCGCUGCAACGUUUCUUCUUGCUCCCGAUCGCGCGCACCGUCGUUCCGAAGUGCUCCAUAAAGUGGCGGACGGCAGCUAAAAUGAAUCGGGAUAAAAUUAAACGGACAUAAAUCCACAAUCCACGUGACGCGAGAGAUCGUAUUGCAUGUUAAAUCUUUCAAGUACUCGUGCUCCUGUAAAAGCAUUGUCUUUUUUCCAAAGAAGAUUAUGAAGAUCUGGACGCUAAGUUUUACAGUUUUCAAAGUUGAAUUAUUAGUUUCUCUGUGUAUUGGGUUGACCGGAAGGCCCGUGCUGACCCCCUUAGCAAAAUUCAUACUCGGAACUUUGCAUUGAUUAUUUUUAAUGCAAAGUUUUGCAUCAUCCGUGCGGAUUUUUUUGGACGCAAAAUUUUGUAAUAUUCUUAACGCAGAGUUCUGUGUCUGAAUUUUGCAGAGGGGGUCGGCACAGGCUUUCCGGUCUCUCGAUAUUCUCGAUUGCUCGGAAAUCGGCACACAAUCUUUAGAAUAUCAUCUCGCGAUGUCUGUAAAUUUGCCUUCUCGUUACGUUAACUUUCAUGUCGUAACUGUGCUGGUCGUAAUUUUGGUAUUUUAAAUUUGCAUUCUCGGGGCAACUUUCGCAUUACAGCUUCGUGAAUUUGUAUUUUAAAUGGAGCAGAGAUGUCGAAAUAAUUACACGAAAGCAGAAACGCGCGCCGAGAUGAAUCUUGAAACGACGAAAUGUUUAUUCGGGAGAAGUAGCACUGUCAUCAGGAUCAUGUCCGCGCCGAGAUUCCCAUUCUUAAACGUUCCAAGUUAAAAAAAAAAAGAUCUCUUGCAGAGAUUAAAUCGCGACUGUUUGCCGUGCCGUUUCGCAAACGCUGACUAAACAUUGCGCGUUUUCUUCCUUUUAAGAUGAGAUCAUAAAGAUGGAGAAAAAGGAGAAAAAGAAAAAGACCGCGGCCAAUGGAAAAGCCGGCGGUAUCAAGCAUAAUCGCGGUGCUCCACGAGGCCGGGCCGGCUUUAGAGGAAGAGGCGCGAGAAUCAAGCGCAGUGUCGGCACUGUCGCGAAGAAACAACAGCAGACCUGGCAGCGCGGUAGCGCGGGCAAUAGCGCCAUCGUGCGCGGCGGCUUCGCAAGCAAGAACCGCUUCAAGAAGAACGGCAAUCUCGCGCGAUCGCGCAGCAACUUGAGCCUGAACCAGAAGGCAAGCGUGAGAGGCGGGUUCAACGUGCGACGCGGCAGAGGCAACAGAUUCGGCUUGACUCGCAGCCGAAGCCGCACGAACCUGACGUUCAAUCAGGGCGGCUUCUUCACGAACAACAAGAGUCCGCUGAAGAGAACGAGCAGCCUGCCGAAUCUGCGUGACCCGAACUCUGUCCACAAUCGUUUGGGUUACCAGAGCCCCGCGCAAAUUGCCUACCGAAAUCGCGUGAAACGUGCGAAGCAGCUGCUGCUGCAGAGACAGAAUCAGAGACUGACCCUGCAGAAUCAGUUCAGACUGGCACAGACCGGACAGAAGAAUUUGCUCACGAUGCAGCCGAGGACGGCUCUUGGACGGCAGCAGAUACUGACAUCGCAACGUCGCUUCACCACCGGCGGACUGCGAUCGGAUCAAAUCGCUCGUGCACAGAGGCGUGCGCAGUACGAACAAAAACUGAUGAGGAUGAACACCGCCCGACUGAAUGCCACCCCCGUCAACUUCAUGUGCACAUUGGGAAGCGAAUACAUGCCGUCCGCCACGCGUCAGCGACCGCUCACUCUCCAGCCGAGCCGACACCCCGCCGCGACGAUUGGUAGCCCGCGACAGUUGCCGAGAGGACGAUCACCGUACAGACAGAGCGUGCAAAGUUUAAAUAUGGUUGGCAGAUCGCCGUUGUUCGGUCGACAACGCUCGAGAUCGCGGUCACGAUCGCGCUCACGCACGACUCCCCGGCACAACACCUCGACCACGUCCGAAUCCAGCGGGGACGUCGACGAUCGCAGCUUCAGCGAGGUCAUGUACAGCCUGUCGGGGAACCUCGGUGUUACGGGACGAACCCUCAACGACCGGUUUAGUUUCUAAAAUUAACACGAGAAAAGUCGAUCCAACUUUAUAUUUACCAAAUCUGUCGGUAACCCAUUUAUUGAUGACUAAUCAUUGAUGAUCUCUGAUAACUGAUGAUCAGAGAUGGCAAGUAACUUUUGUUUUAAUUACAUAGACAAUGCAAGAAGAGGUGGUGUUCUUUUGUUUUUUCACUUAGGCACAUAAAUAACUAAUAAUAAAAAUAAUAAGUGUCUUAAUUAUGCCGAUUCAUUUUCCGCGAUUGUUCUCUAUAUACUUCUAAUUUGUUUUACUGCGCAAACUAAUUUGAACUGAUGGCUUACGUUACUUGAUAAGGAUAAAUACUUGCGUCAGCGACUCGUGUACAAAUUAUCUGUAGAAAGUGCUGGAGGAGGCGACUCUCGUCUCUCGGGAGUAUGUGAUAGUGUACGUACGUGUGGUGUCCUAGCGUGCGACGUGCGUGACUCCGAUUUGUCAUGGUGAAGGAAAUCUCGUCUUAACUGUACCUUGUCUUUCUCUUUUUGCGUGUGCAAUAGCUACGUUAAAAUCUCCAGUAUUUCUUUGUUACGCGCUAUCUCGGUAUUACAUUCGCCGGUCCGUUAUCUCACGGUGGGGUGUAGGGAAGGCGGAGCUAUUUAAGUACACGUAGCAGAGCGGCUCCGCGUAUCGUUGAGGAGGUAAUCUCACGACAGUUGGCGAAAGUAAAUUACGCCGAAGUUGUCUGGGUAAGAGCUACACACUGGCCAUGUAAGAUAGACUUGCAUAUUUUUCGGGGAUACGUAUACUUUCGGAUAUACACGCGUCUCUGUAGGUAGAGUAGUUUCUUUACUUUAAGAAAUGUACAAAUCUUCGACGACUUACUUGCCUUUAUCCUUCUCAAUACUGGCUUAGACGAUAUUGAAAGAAGAAGAAAAAAAAGAAAGAACGUAAGUGUCAAGAGCCACGACUUGGCGAGGAAUUUAUGGUUUCGACUAUUUUAUAAGAGCAUAAAAACGUAUUGCAAUAAAAAUGUGUAUUAUAAAUUCAAA